AUCUGUAAGCAAGUAAACAACGCAAACGCUUGGAUUAUUAUUAAGUUUAUUUCAUAAAUAAAACAACGGUAAUUAUAUGUGCAUCUAAAGACAAUUGUACACAGGGUUUUAACCCAAACAAAAACAAAUACAUCUACUGCAGGAAAUUCUACAAACAAUGUUUAAAAAAUCGAAGCCCAAAGUAGAACCACCACCCACAGCACCCAGUCUAGACGAAAUGCUUGCGGAUAUUGAGUCGUUUGAAAUUCCCCAACCGACAGGGGGCAAUGCCAGUAGUAAUACUGCUUUGGAACACGCUCUGCUUACAGAGCCUGAAAACUUAACUCUUGAGACAUGGUGGCAAGUGUUUGACGAAUAUGACCAAAAAGUUAAGAAAUUGGCUUUAAUGGAGGGCACACUAGAAGCAAAAAAGGAAAAUUUAUUGACGUGUAAAGAUAAGCUUGAAAAGAAUGCUAAAAGUCUACGCAAGGGAAUCCAAAAGCAACAGACGUUAAUAAAAGAAGUGGUUGAUUGUUGACCUGCAGAAAUUUUA